GGAGAUGGCUAGAGUGACAAAGGCAGGGAACCGUAGCCCUGAUUAAACGAGAAAAUAUUCAUCUUCUUCAAUGAGAAAAAUAUAGCCUCAUCCUUCACCUGCUCCUGUGUGCUUCUAAUUCUUGCCUGUAACUCACCAAUCUCUCUCUCUCUCUCUCUCUCUCCGAGCGAGAAUUUGGAAAAGAAGCCACCGUUGUUCUUCGACUGGAUACGUAACAAACAGGUUGAUUAGGGUUUCAGGUGUAUAAUCAUUAUCUAACCAUCUUGUUUGUGAAAAUCUAUUGGAUGGCAAUUAUACCUUGUGGAAGCACAUCAGUUGCUCAAUGGGGUAUUCGACCUCAGUUCAUACUUAGAUCUUAUAUCCAAAACAGGAUAGUGACUACUCAGUAUGGUCUUAAUGGCAAGACAAGCUAUUUGGCAGCACCAAGUUCAAGCCUAUUUUCACGUGAUUCCUUUCCUGUAUUAUCUUUUGUUGGGCCAUCUCAAACUUCACAUCGUCGAAGGGGAUCACGAUUUACAGUUAGAGCUGAUGCUGAUUACUAUUCUGUCCUUGGAGUGUCAAAAAAUGCAAGUAAAUCUGAAAUCAAAAGUGCAUACCGGAAACUUGCAAGGAGUUAUCAUCCAGAUGUGAACAAAGAACCUGGGGCAGAGCAGAAGUUCAAGGAAAUUAGCAAUGCAUAUGAGGUCUUAUCAGAUGAUGAGAAACGAUCUCUGUAUGACAGGUAUGGUGAGGCUGGACUCAAAGGUGCUGGUGUGGGCAUGGGGGAUUUCAGCAAUCCUUUUGAUUUGUUUGAGUCGCUAUUUGAGGGCAUGGGAGGUAUGGGAGGCAUGGGAGGCAUGGGUGGCAUGGGAGCGAGAGGCUCCAGGAAUAGAGCAGUUGAUGGCCAGGAUGAAUAUUACAAUCUUGUAUUAACUUUCAAGGAAGCAGUUUUUGGGGUUGAAAAAGAGAUUGAGAUAACUCGACUGGAAAGCUGUGCAACUUGCAAUGGUUCAGGUGCAAAACCGGGGACAAAGCCAUCUACAUGUACUACAUGCGGUGGCCAAGGCCAGGUUGUCUCCUCUGCAAGGACUCCAUUAGGUGUCUUCCAGCAGGUAAUGACCUGCUCUUCAUGUGGUGGUACUGGGGAAACAUUUACCUCUUGCAACACAUGUUCUGGGGACGGUCGAGUAAGGAGGACAAAACGUAUCAGUUUAAAAGUGCCAGCUGGUGUAGACUCAGGGAGCCGUUUGAGAGUCCGUUCUGAAGGUAAUGCUGGAAGGAGAGGUGGGUCACCUGGUGACCUCUUUGUUAUUAUUGAAGUCAUCCCAGAUCCUGUUCUAAAACGUGAUGACACCAACAUCUUGUACACUUGCAAGGUGUCAUACAUAGAUGCAAUUUUGGGUACAACAAUCAAGGUCCCAACUGUUGAUGGCAUGGUUGAUCUCAAGAUCCCAGCUGGAACACAGCCCAACACCACACUUGUAAUGGCAAAGAAAGGAGUACCUGUGCUAAAUAAAAGCAACAUGAGAGGUGAUCAGUUGGUUCGUGUACAAGUCGAAAUUCCUAAAAGAUUGAGCGGCGAAGAGAGAAAACUCGUUGAGGAGCUUGCAGAUCUAAGCAAGGGCAAAACAGCUAGUAGUCGAAGAUAAAUGGUUAGACAUUGAUAUUAUCUGUCUUCAUUUGAUGUUUUGCAAGCCUUAUCAGAUCAUUUCUCCGUUUGAAUGCAACUCUGCACGUCCUUGCUGCAUGAAAUUUUAACAGUUGAUCAUUGUAGUUUUGGAGCCGUAAACAAGGUUCUGUUAUGGCAGGUGAAAGCCAUUGUUAUAAUUUUGUCCCAUAGAAUUAGAUCUUUUAGAAAAUGGAGAAGAUCAAAUAGGAAAUGGAAGUUGGAGAUAUAUCCCUCUUUUGAUUUGAUUUUGUUUUGUUUUGUUUUUAAAAGCAGACUUGAUACUUUCUUAUAAAUUAUUAUUCUUUGGGAUAGAGCUAAAAUUUUGUGCAAAAACAUUAUUAUUUUUUAAUUUUUUUUCUGAUAUUA